UCGUGUCUGAAUGCUGCUCGCUCCUCCCUUAUGAGGCCCUCAGCGGCCAAUAGCGUGGCUCUCCUGCAGAUAGACCCGAGUGUGUCUCCUUCCAGCUCCAGUCCCCGCAGAGUAAAAGUCACGUUGGAAGGAAAAGGGGAGAGAGAUAUCUACUUACAGCUGCUGUCAGAUAUCCGAUCGCAUUCGCAUGGCGAGGAGGUAACCUGAUCGAGCUGGGAGGAGUGACUUUACCAGGGAAGGCUUGAACAAAAAAAAUGUCUUCUUCUUCUGCCGGAGAAGUCACAACAGCAAAUGAAAUCAAGAGGGAAAAUGUGAAGGAGGUGGAUAAACGGGAGUGCAUCAAGCUUGUGGCGCUGGACGCGGCGGAGUUGUCCAUGGAGCGCAACACGGACGCGGUGCGCACGGAGCUGUUGGUGAGCGCCGCUUCCUCUCUGGCUUUCUCCCCGGAGCAAGUGGCGUGUGUCUGCGAGGCUUUGCAGCAGGGAGGUAAUGUGGACCGGCUGGCCAGGUUCUUAUGGUCCCUGCCACAGAGUGACCUGCUACGCGGCAACGAAAGCAUCCUGAAAGCCCAAGCUCUCGUUGCGUACCACCAGGCUCGCUAUCAGGAGCUGUACAGUAUUUUGGAGAACCACAGCUUCAGUCCGUCCAACCAUACAUUUCUGCAAGAUCUGUGGUACAAGGCCCGCUAUACCGAGGCGGAGAAGGCGAGGGGGAGACCCCUGGGUGCCGUGGACAAGUACCGGAUCCGGAGAAAGUAUCCUCUCCCCAGGACUAUCUGGGACGGCGAGGAGACUGUGUAUUGUUUCAAGGAGAGGUCCCGGAACGCGCUGAAGGAUCUGUAUAUCCAGAAUAGGUACCCCUCGCCCGCCGAGAAAAGAAAUCUCGCCAAGAUUACAGGACUCUCCUUGACCCAGGUCAGCAACUGGUUCAAAAACAGGAGACAGAGAGACAGAAACCCGUCCGAGGCUCAAUCAAAAAGUGAAUCUGAUGGAAACCACAGCACAGAGGAUGAGUCUAGCAAAGGCCAGGACGAGUUGUCUCCCCGGCCCCUCUCUAACUCAUCAGAUGGGGUGAUCACCCAUGGGACCCUUCCCAUUCAAACAGGGCCUCUGGACAGUGGGGUGGUCAUCCAACAGAUCGGGGACAUCAAGCUGCCCCCCGGAUCCAACGGUGGCGGUCUCUACAAUGGAAGUCUAGUGACCAGUAACAACACCGUGUUUCACAAUGGUGGCUCGUCUUACCUCCACACACCUGGAAACAUCCUCUUCAACGGGCUCAACUUGGGAAUCCAGCCAUUGGCCUUCAAUCCUCUGAGGCCAUCUGGAGGGGUGCUGCUGGGGGGCUCUGGUAUGGACAUGCAGAUGCAGACAGGGCAGGAAAAGGGACUGGGCAGCUCUGCUGAGGACUCGGCCUUGCAGUACGCCUCCUACGCGGGCUGUGUGAACGGAGCAGAGGUGAAGCUGGAGGGGGUUCACACCAUGGCUGGCCAGAACGGAGGCUCCUCUGUGCUCACGUUCAGCUCCUCGUCUGGUGCGCUGCAGCUGGGUGGCUACAGUCUGGUCCAAGUACCAAGUGGAGUCUCUGACAGCAAUGGCAGCUCAUUACUCAACAGCGAUGUAGGUCUUCCUCCACUGCAGCUCUCUUCUAACUCAUCUUCCUCAACAAUCACACAAGGUACCAUGCCUCUGAACAAUGUAGCGGUGAGUUCGCCCGGUAAUGACUCGUUCCAGCAUCAGGACAAGCUGGCCAUGACGUCCCUGCACCACAGCACAGUCCUCUACAGCAUGAACAACGCCGGCCAGCCGUCCAUCAAGAAGGAGCCUCUGGAGGGAGGCGUCUACUCCUCGUACCACCACGGGCUCCACCUGGACGCCAGCGGUCAGCUAAGCUACUCCACCCCCAACUCAGAAGAGGUUCCUUCCAGCCAAGGUCCCGCCUCGACCACCGAGGUCUCCGCCGUCAGCUCGUCCAGCCCUGAGCCAGAGGUCUACACCACCCUCACCGUCAGCACGCCACUGAUGGCCCAACAAACGGACCCCAACAGCCACCACCUGCACCCUGCAGAGUAUCUCGGGGGCCACAGCGUCCGGGGGCCCUCCUCGCACCUGAUGGGCACAGGCAUGAACAGCAACUACAUGAACCUUUCAGAGAACAAGGUGGGCUCGGGAGCCGUGAGUGAGAUGGUACGGGCGAUGUGUGGGGAGAUGGAGGCUGUGGAGGGGAAGGAGCUAGCCAAACUACAGACAGUGCAGAUGGAGGAGGACAUGGCUGACCUUUAACCUCUCGCAGAAGCACCCAUGUCCACCCAAACAGUGAUAUGGUGAAUCUUUUUACUUUUGUGUGCGCGUGUGUGUUUUUUUUACCAUUCAUUUCCUUUAAAUGUUAAAUUAUUUCAUUUGACUUUUACAAUGCACUCUAGUUAGAGUUGAGCCCUGUGGGUGGGCAUUAUCAGUUUAUCAUAAAAUAAAAUAGAAAGUCUACGACAUGUUUUAAAAGCCCCUUUCAUAAGAAACAUUACGACUGUUACGUUCUAACAGAAGAAAUGGCUGUAUGUGUUUGAGCAGUGUUUAAAUGUUCAUUUUUUAUAGACAACACCUGCUACUUCCUGUUGAGUGGAUUUGAUCUGCAGAAGCAGGUGCUGGAAUGCCUCGAGUCAUGUGACCAGGAUGUUCCUCCAAACUAAAUGCGUCAUAUGGGUCAAACCAAAAAGGUCAUUCAGUAGGGGGAAGAGGGAGAGAGCCUCUGUGAAAAUGGUCAGUUAAACAGCGACAGCUUCACUUAAGGACUGCGCACAUACAGAGAAUAGGUGAUUAAACACACAAAGCUGCUGAUUAAGGAAAAAAGUGUCCUUCAGUUAUCACCUAAUUCUCUAAAUGCCUCUCAAGUCACUGCAAAACCUUGUUUUUAUGCUUUAUAUCAUACCAAAUGAACUAGGAGUGUCGGACUAGAGAAUGUGCCUUUCUGCUACUUAAAAAUCAACAAUGGCAUCGGUCUGUUUUGGCAUUUGCACUACCAUGAUGACAUUACAAUGUAACAUGUUUCAAACAGCCUUCAUGUUGGAGGGUUUGACGCACCUCAACAAAUGCACACUAUUUCAGUAAUGACUCAUAUUUCAAUUCUCAUCGUCAACCUGUGAGACCAAGAUACGAAUGAUGAUCUAAAGGUUCACACGUUGUUCAUCAUAUGUUGUUUAUAAUGCUGAAACUCAUAGUAUGUUAACUAGAUGUGAUGAUGCUUACUAUAUCCUGUUUCAUUUUGAUGUGUCUCUCCAAAUGUCAGUAAUCAUGAAUGAUAUUUUUCUAUAAAGGGAUUGUAAUAAUCUCUCUUUGCAUGGCGUCAUAAUGUUUAGGACACUAGUGCCUUUUACUUUUAUUUUGUGAACAACACUGAAAGUAAGCUCAGUCGUAGCUCAUGUGUUGCCGUGCAGGCAGUGACAUUGCAGCUUCAGAGAUUUACCACCGCCGCCGCUGUCACUGGCACAUUUGUUGGGUGUCAGUUGAGGGAAAGACAAGAGAAUGUGGAGCCCAUUUGUCAAGUGUGUCCGGUGCUUUUCACAACGGGAGCCUAAUUCCUCGCUGUCAUACAUGACCAUAAUAGCACAUUUCAGCCUCAUAGCCAACUCACACCACGCACAUCUAUCAGUGUGUCACACGUCUUCAUACAAGUCGACUAGUAAUAUUUUUCUUUGUCAGGAUUUAUGACAUAAUCCCAUCAAUUUGAAUGGACUUUCAACAAAAGUAUCCUCAGUGCUUUAAUGUCAUAUACCAAAAAUGAGUUGUGGGCAAAUAGUAAAAAUGAUGGUCAUUUGUUUUUUUAAAUCUUAGUUUGAAUUAUAUGUUUGUUAUCUGAAAUUAUGUGAAUGUAUUUUUCUAAAUCUCCAUACUGCAAUAAAAGUUUAUAUUUAUAAAAACAUAAAACAGAAUUUUUUUUUUAUU